AUGAAGUCAGACGCCAAGCCCUUUCGAUCAUUUGAGGUGGACGAGGGCCACCCCAUUGUAUCGUUGAGCUGGUCGCCGAGUGGGGAUGCAUUUCUGGCGGUCACUGGGUCGCCCCAGCCCAAGGUCUACAACCGGGAAGGGAAGGAGCAGGGACAGUUUGUACGUGGCGACAUGUACAUUCGGGAUCAGAAGAAUACCAAGGGGCAUGUGGCUGGCUGCACGGGCGGACAGUGGCAUCCUGUAGACAAGCUCACGGCCAUGACAUGCUCCAGCGACGGCACCGUCCGAGUCUGGGACAUGGACCAGCUUGUCCAGAAGACGGUGAUCAAGCCCCAGCUGGCCAAACCAGGCCGGGUGCAGGUCACGGCAGCCUGUUAUGGAAGCACGGGCCAUGUGGUGGCUGCCGGCCUCAUGGAUGGCACCAUCCAGCUCUGGGAUGUCAGAGGCAAGUUUGGACGGUCAGCUGCGAUUGAGCAGGUUGCUGUGCCGUCGCAGCAGAUGGUUGCACGUCAGGACUGGAACUACGUCUCUUCUGCCCACAAGAUCAUCCGAAGCGCCCAUGUUGCGGGCAGCGAGAUCACUUGCUUGGCUCUUUCAAGAGAUGGACAUCAGCUUAUCUCUCGGGGCGGGGACGACACGCUGAAAGCAUGGGACACCCGCAGCCUGAAGCAGCCUCUUGCUGUGUUUGAGGACCUGGAUACCACAUUUGCAAACACCCAGGCUUGUUUCAGCCCGGACGAGAGACUCAUUCUGACUGGCACGUCGGCCAGGAAGGCAGAUGCCGGUGGGUCUGUCAUCAUGUUUGAUCGUCGCGAGCUGAAGAUGGUCCGGCGCCUGGGCAUGCCUGGGAGUGUGAUAGCCCUCCAGUGGCAUCCUCGGAUCAAUCAAAUACUGGUGGGCAGCGGUGACCGCAAGGCUGGCCAGGCCCGCAUCCUCUACUCCCCGCUCCUGUCCCAGCGAGGAGCCAUGCUUGCGGUUGGACGCAAGCCUCGUCCGGCCAAUCCCUUUGACAUGCUGGUGGCGAGCGCGCUGCCAAUCUACAACCCCAAUGCCCUGCCCAUGUACCGGGAGCCCAUGCCAGGGCAGCGGAAACGUAAGACGGCCGAGUCAGAUGCCGCGGAGAACAAGCAGAAGCACAAGCCGGACCUGGGCUCUGCUGCACCUGGAAUGGGGGCUGGGGGGAAGCUGGGGUCCACAGGAGGCACGCUUCUCACGCAGUACGUGCUCAAGACCCAUGGCCUGCUCAAGAACCCACUGGAUGAGGAUGUGCGUGCCUCGAUUCUACGACAUGCAGGUAAGUAG